CGCUUAUUCCGAUCCUGUUUGUAUGUAAAUUCAAAGUCUGAAAGAUAAGUGCUUUGCUGUUGUUUUUGUCCGUGUUUUUUCGUUCCUUUUGUUUUAUAGUUACCUCUCGUCAAGGCAAGUUGGGGAGGUAAAAUACAAAAAAUGAAGUGAAAAAUGAAAAAAUACAAAACGCAAAUAAGCAAAUAAAACUUGUUCGACUCGAAACCGCCGAUCGGGGCAUAUAAAGCCCGAUGAACGCCAGUCGAUGUUGACUAUAGUAACGAAGCGGACGUUCAACUAUCACGAUGGUUAAGCUGGGCUUUCUUUCUCUGUUGAUUGCUGCCUGUGUGGUUGCUGCCCUUGCUGCGGGUGAUUGUCCUUCAUCCACCAAGGUUCAGAACUGCACCCCCAAGUGUCUGCAUGACAGCGAGUGCAGUGCCAUCGGGGGCAAAUGCUGUCCGAAUUUGUGCAACGGUCGCAGCUGCGUGCAACCCAAUUUGCUGGGAAAUUCCGGAGCCGAUAAAUCGCCCUUUGGCAGCAAAAAUACCGGAUCCACUGGCAGUUAUUGCGGCAAUGUCAAGUGCGGCAGCUUCGAGAAAUGCGAAAUGGACCGCAGCACCAAGCGACCCAAGUGCGUGCGAUCGUGAAAACCCCGCAGCAACAUCAACGAACACGGCAGCAACAUCGCGUUAUAAACUUAUUUCUUUGUCACUAAAUGGAAACUUUUAAUCCCGAAAA